AUGGAGUCAACGUCCUUCCAGGACGUGACAAAUGCGGCAUCAGGCAAGCGCCGGGUUCUUCCGCAGAGCGAAUCACACAAGUCAAAGGAGAGUUCCGUCGUGACUGGCGCCGCAAUCGAGGAACUAUCGAGAAAGGUGGAUGCUCUCUCGCAUAAACUUGACACCAUAUACGAUUUGUUGUCUGCGUUGGUGCCUCAGCAGGGACGGUUGUCUUUGCUCAGGCUCAGGACGGAAUCUCCGGAGGCCGUGCAUCUUGAUUUGCACAACAAGGAGAGAAAUGUGACCGCUUUGUUUAACAACGCCCUCCGAGAAAGGCAGUCUCAUUUGCCGCGGAGCGAUGCCUCGCGGGAUGCCCAGCAGCCGGACGCAACAACAUCCGAAAUGCCAAAUCCAGAAGUGCCAGGGGCGCUGGAGGCCAAGAUCACUGAUCAUAAGAAGUCUCCCUCUCUUGGAGUGACGGUCUCAGCGGGCGGAGGUGUUGCCGACCAGCACAGUUGGCCGAAAAAUAACUGUUUCAUUUUGUUGGUGGAAUUCAAGUGCCAGCGUGUGAAGCGGUGCGAGAGCAAUUUUUUUAUUGUUCCCGGCCAGUACGCCAUUGUGCAGGGUGAUCGUGGGUAUGACUGCGGCGUUGUGAACCAAUGCAGCGAGUGGAAUGCGGAAAAAGGCUGCUUUGUUCGCGAGGAGAGCUUGGAUGGCACGAUGGUGAAUGUUGCCCGCAUGAAGUCUGAUAUGAGUCGAGUACUGCGAGUGGCAAGCGAGGAGGAGGUAGAGCGCCUCUUUGGUGAAAUUGCACGGAACGAGAACCUUGCAUUGAGGACAUGCCGUGAGAUUGUUGCACGCCUGGGGCUCGAAAUGGAUGUGGUAGACUGUGAGUACCAGUUUGAUCAGCAGAAGAUCAGCUUUUACUAUGAGUCCUCUCGUUCAAUCGACUUUCGGCAUCUUAACAGCGAGCUUUACCGCAUUUUUGGUGUUCGCAUUUGGCUGCAGAAUGUCAACAACGCCGUGAAGAACGUUGUACCUGCUGGAGCCAUGUCUAAGGAAGACAAGGCCCAAUACAGGAAAAGCGGACUGCGCACAAGAUUGCGGUAG